AUGGCUACAAUAUCCGAAAUAUCUUUGCCUCAAAUUGAAAACAUACUUGAGGGCCAUACAUCCGAAUUCAACCCAUUCUCUUUCUCCAGGAAGAAGAAGGGUUCUAGUCGCUAUUAUCCUUUUCGAAUGCUUCCUCGCCCUAGUCAACAUUUUGUCAGGGAUGAUGGCACCAGAGGGCGAAGGAUGGAGCCUAGUGUUCGUCUGAAUGAAACCCCUGGGAAUCUUGGACAUUACCAAUCCCUUGGGAGCGCCCUCUGGCAUCUGGGAUGCUGUAUACUCAUGUUUUACUUCUUCUCGUCGAUUCUUCAGAUAUCUUCAACUCUUAUUCCUCAAUGGAUUCCGACAAUUCUGGACUGUGGAUUCAGGCUUAGUCUUGGCGUACAGAACUUACCAACAGCUUACUUGUAUGGCGUGAGGGACUGGGCAAUGAAUAUGGUUGGCAGCUUGUGCGGUGGUGAUCAGCCAACUUUCCGGCGUGAAAACACAUAUACUACUAGUUCGACCUGA